UGGAGGAGCGAAGAAUAUAAUUUUUCUUGGGAACUGAGGGAAGAUUUCAGCGAAUGAAGUUAGGAUGUGGAAAGAGAUGGAGCUUGUGAUGAUAAGAGAAGCUGCGCAUAGUUAUUGGUGAUUACAAAAGUCGUGUGGAUUCAUAUCUAAAGAAGCUAUGAAGAAGGUAUCUUUGAAGGCACUUUCCUCCCUUUUCCUUACAAAGUAGCUGGUGGAAAGAUGCAAAUUUAUUAGUGGAUCAGUUGAUGGGGUGCAAUGUAAUAUCCUCCUUCUUAAAUAAGCUCACACUUUGAGCUUACGAACAUAAUAUGGGGUGAGGCUGAAGAUAGUGAUGACCAUAUCGUGCCAUAUCCAGAGGCAAGUGAAGAUUAUUGCAAGAAAAAGGAAUCGAGUGAAGAGGCUAGCACCAUUAAAUCUAGUGAGCAGAAGGCACCUGGGGCUAAAGUUGAUACUGAUGGCAGAAAGCUGGAGAGCAUUUCGAAUGUUGACACAAGUGAAGGAACUUCUUCCUUGGGACUUGACAUGGACCGAUGGCCUAACCUGUCCUCACCUAAUGCUGCCAAAACUGAGCAGGAUUCCUUGGAAACUUCAAUCUCUAACAAUCUAACUGAGAUUACCAAACUUGAGUCAUCAGCAGAUCAUCUUGAUAAGGACACUGAGAUUUUUCAAAAUCCUCACGAAGGUAAAGAGCAAGGUGAUUUUGUUGAUUAUGGCUGGGCUAGCAUUGGAAGCUUUGAUGAUCUUGAUCGAAUUUUUAGCAAUGAUGACCCAAUAUUUGGCAAUGUAAAUCUUGGUAAUGCUGAUGAGCUAUGGUCUUCUUCAAAAUAUACAACUAACAGCCCGGUCAAGCCCUUUCCGAUAUCUGUGGCUUCAAGAGAAGAGGACCAGCUGUUUGCCCUUGGCUAUGGAAAAAUGAACGACCCUGCAUCUCAUGGUCUGCAGAAUACUCAGGCAGGCCUUGAUCAUGUAGAAUAUGAUGAAGGUAAAAACAAGCCUAUGCUGAAGGAGCAGACAGAUUUGGCUGUUGUGGGAAAGAACACGGCGGCUAACUCUCAACUGACAGAGGAAAAUGGUGCUUUUCCAAAUGAAUUAGCAAACAAGUUCUGUGAUCAGACAUACAGGCAAAAGAAGAUCUUGAAAGGUCGGGAAAAACUGGAAGAAAAAGGUGAACUGAAAUCAUACCAAGAUUUUUAUGGAAACUGGACUUCAUAUGUAAUCCCAGCCUGUCAACUUAAGGAUCAUUCAGCACCCCAAAUUAUGCAAUCUUCUCCCCCUUCAAUUCUCAGCCAACAGAAGCAGCUACAGGGUUCCGAGCAGUUGCAGUACCAGCAGAUAUCCAAUCCAUUUGUGGCCCCUUCUGCAUACGGGAGUAUUACAAAUCCAUAUUCUAUGCCUGGGUUGUCCCACAUUCAGUCCGGGGAUUUUAAGCAUCAACCUUUAGCUUCUGGUUAUGAAGUUUCUUCAGUUUCAGGCAAUGCAAAUCCUAUAAACAAGUUAGCUGACUGUCCAGUGAAACCCCAGAGAAUGACACCUCAGGAAAAGAUUGAAAAAUUAAGGAGGCGGCAACAAAUUCAGGCAAUGCUUGCCAUUCAGAAACAGCAGCAGCAGCUUGUUCAUCAAAAGUGUUCCCAAGAAAAUCAAAUUCAGCAUGUUGAAGGAGCUGACCUUGAAGUAGAGGAUUUAAGUACACUUUCUUCAUUUGACCCAAACUCACCUAUUGAGCAAGACGAUUCCAAUACAGUCUCUCUGGCGGUUAAUGAUUAUUCAAUGGAGGACACAGUACUCUACAGGCUUCAAGAUAUUAUUUCAAAGUUGGAUGUGAGAAUUAGACUUUGUAUUCGGGAUAGCUUGUUCCGGCUGGCUCAAAGUGCAAUGCAAAGGCAUUAUGCUAGUGAUACUGGCAGUACAAACAAUAGUAGCAGGGACGAGCAAGUUGCUGCAAAGGAGGAAACCAGCAGUCAAAGAAGGGUGGUUCAGAUGCCUGAGGUGGAAACAGAAACCAAUCCGGUAGACCGGACUGUGGCUCAUUUGCUGUUUCAUAGACCGAUGGAUAUUCCUGGGAAGCACCCUCAUACACCUGAAUCACCUUUUUCAACCAAGCUCCCGUGUGAGCACAAGACAAUGGCCCUAGCAAAGCUGUUAACGGGAAGCCUGUCUGAGACUCCGAAAGGAAAACCAAACUUUUCGCAAAAGGGGUCUCAACUUUCUAGUCUCUUGACCGAUGCUCAGCCCGUAAGUCAGUGUAAAAGCAAUCCUUGCUUAGACACUUCAGAGGAUGCAUCAAACAAUGGGCCUGCAGAUGAAGGAGCUAGGGAGGUUAAAGCCUCUCAAUGAAGACAAGGGUAAUUCCUACCUGAAUCUCUUCCAUGCUUGCAGUGACGAUUUACUAGUAAUGCCGAGGUUUUCUUUUAUUGUGAGCUCACUGGAUCAUCAUGAGGAAUAAACACCAGUAUUGAUGGGGAUUUGUACAUGUCUUUAGCAGCGUAACCAUCAAGAAGUCGCAUUUGUGCAUGCUGGAAGUAUUGUUGUUAAUAUAGCUACGUAUCUACUGCAAAACAAUGAACUCUUUGCUGUGAGUUCUCCAGAUGAUGACUUUCUGUGCUUUAAUCCUUUCUAUUCAGUGACAUUGGCCACUUUCACUUGAUUCUGAAUUGUGAUUCCAAUACGCGGAUGAAUUUUAUAUUAUCUCUUCUUUUU